CCGCCGCCGCCGCCGCCCCCCCCCCGCCGCUGUCGCUUCCCCAGCGCGGCUCCGGUGCGGACACCCGGCGGCGGCAGGUAACUGUGCUGAGAGAUGGCGGAGCAGCGUCAGGACGUCCCCAUGAUGGAGGAUCACGCAGCUGGCCAGGAGAAGCACAUCCCCACAGGCUAUCCCCUUCAGAUACCAGUCGAUGAUGGAUCGGAUGAGCCUGUUUCUGAAACAUCUGACGCUAAGAGCACCCCAACUACGGAAGAUGCCACAGCACCUUUAGUGGAGGAAGGAGACCACGAGGAUCAGGGUGGUGUCGAACAGCACGGAGAGAUCCCAGAAGGAACCACAGCUGAAGAGGCGGGCGUAGGAGCCACCCCCAACCUGGAGGACCACGCUGCAGGAGACGCUGCUCAAGCUCCAGGGGAGCCGGGCUCUCCAAAGCUUCAGCCUGGCCCUAAGGAGCCCGUGGGAGAUGCGAUAAAAAGAGAAAGCCAGCCCACAAAGCAGGUGGCCGGGGCUCUUCGGGAGCCUCCUCCGUCACAAGAACCGAAGGCUGCUCCCACCAGGAUCGAGGUCACUAUCCCAAUCCCCCUGGACAUGUACCAGGACUCCAGACCACCUGAAGACGACGAGGUGUGGGAUCAUCGAGGCAGGGAAGGCAUCGGCGUGGAUGCAGCGCUGGGAGCAGAGCUGGGUGCUGACGUGUGCACUGCGGGGCUGGCAGGAGCAGGAGGCACGGCUGACCCCCGCAGUAAGGACGGGUCAUCUCCUUUGUAUACCAGAGCCCCGCUAAAAGAAGAUGCCAGUGGACAGGAAAGAGAUGAGGACCGUGAUGUUGAUGAGACUUCUGAGCAGGAUUUGCCUUCCCUGGUGGGACAGCGUGUUUCUCCAGGACCUGAAGUUGGUUUCUGUGUAGCAGCAACCAAGGAAGAAGCCCUUGAAGAAUUUGCCUUUGAAGAAAAGUCCCACGAUGUCCUCGGAGAUGCGCCGAGAGAGGCUCUUCUUGGUGAAACUGAAGCACGAAAAGCAGAAGAGGACCAAGAGGAGAGGAGACAGCCAGAGAGGGGGGAAGAAUACACAGAUAUCGCCCCACCAGAGCCUUCUGCAACCACCUCCCAGGCAGAAGCUGAGCCCAGGGAGGGAGAGGAUGCUGGACCCUUGCUGGAAACAGCCAGCCUCCCUGCUCGGUCGGAAGACGACACAAAAGAUAAAGAUGCUGCUCUGCAAGAGGCUGUGCCGGAGGCAGGAGGACGCCGGACGCCCAAGAAGAAGCCGAGUGCCCCCGCUGCAGACAAAGCAGGCAGCCGUGUUCCCCUCCUGAAAGCUCGGAUUGACAGCAAAGACAAGGAAGGGGCUGAAGCUGAGGAAAAGAAACCGAAGAAAUCCUCACCUUCCACCGCCAACCCCCCAGGCGAUAGACCCUCCAUCCCCCCCCAUCGACACACUUCCUCUAGCACAACCCCUCUGAAAACACCCUCCAGCCCUGCUUCCACCUCUAAACGAGUCUCUUCUGUCACAUCCCGACCUGCCAGUACAGGAACGCAGGAAACAAAAGCCAAGGGCCCAGAGAUGAGAGGUGGCACGAAGGCGGCCACGCCACGCUCCGCAGCCGGGCAGGCUCAGAGGAACUCGGCCAACGCCACGCGCAUCCCGGCAAAGACACCCACGGCCCCCAAGACCCCUCCCAGCUCCGGCAGAAAGGAGCAGAAAAAACCACCUCCUGCAGCAGCAAAGUCUGAGAAAGGUGAGCAGCCCAAGUCUGGAGACAGAAGCGGUUACAGCAGUCCCGGCUCCCCCGGGACUCCAGGCAGCCGUUCCCGCACUCCUUCUCUGCCCACCCCACCAGCCAGGGAGCCCAAGAAGGUGGCAGUGGUUCGCACCCCGCCGAAAUCUCCUGCGUCUGCCAAGAGCCGCAUCCAGCCCUCAGCUGCGCCCAUGCCUGACCUGAAAAACGUCAAGUCCAAAAUCGGCUCCACCGAGAACCUGAAGCACCAGCCCGGAGGUGGCAAGGUGCAGAUUAUUAAUAAGAAGCUGGACUUUAGCAGCGUUCAAUCCAAGUGUGGCUCAAAGGAUAAUAUCAAACACAUCCCAGGAGGAGGCAGUGUGCAGAUUGUUAAUAAGAAGUUGGACUAUAGCAGCGUUCAAUCCAGGUGUGGCUCAAAGGAUAAUAUCAAACACGUCCCGGGAGGAGGCAGUGUCCAAAUCGUCUACAAGCCGGUCGACCUGAGCCACGUGACGUCCAAAUGUGGGUCCCUGGGCAACAUCCAUCACAAACCAGGCGGUGGCCAGGUGGAGGUGAAAUCUGAGAAACUGGACUUCAAAGAUAAGGUGCAGUCGAAAAUCGGGUCCUUAGAUAACAUCAGCCACGUUCCUGGAGGAGGAAAUAAAAAGAGAGAGAAAGGCAAGGAAGACAAGACCUGUCCCCAGGCUGCUCGGACCCCGAGCCCAGACCCCGCUGGGCUCCAGUCCCUGGUGCUGGAGCCACCCACCCCCCUGGAGAGCCAGCUCCCAGCCUUGCACUCGGCUGGGGAGGGCACCAAUUGAGACUCAUAAGCUGACCUUCCGUGAGAACGCCAAAGCCAAGACUGACCACGGCGCCGAAAUUGUCUACAAGUCCCCCACCAUCUCCGGAGAUGCCUCCCCGCGCCGCCUUAGCAAUGUCUCCUCCACCGGCAGCGUCAAUAUGGUGGACUCCCCCCAGCUCGCCACGCUAGCUGACGAAGUGUCCGCUUCGCUGGCCAAGCAGGGCUUGUGAUCGGGGCAUGGCGGGCAAAGAUGAGAGAAGACAAGGAAAAAAAAAAAAGAAAAGAAACAAAAAUAAUAAUCUGGCCUUCUUCCUCUGUUCCUUUUACAGCUGCUUCCCCAUCCCCUAACUGGUUAAUGAUUUAACCUGCUUUUACUGUUCAUUCAGCUCUAGCUCCAGGACUUCAAAAUCAGACACUAUGAGGUACAAAACCUCCUCUCCCCCUGCUCCUCGGAGCGCACAGCCCGUGCCCGUCCCCACUCCCUCCCCUCGUCCCCUCAUCCCUUCGCUGUCCCAGCGGGAAGGAGCCAGGGGGUGGAGGGGGCAGCCCCAGCACAACGCUGACCCCAGCACCCCAAGGGCCUAGAGGGGAGCGGGGGUGACAGCCCCAGGGCUCCCCACGUUCAUUACCCUAACGAUGCCCGGGCUGGAGGCCUGGCCUGCACUCAGUGCAGGUAGUGGGUGCUGCAGCCAGGGACUGCAGGCAGGCACCCUCCCUUUCUGCAUUAAAUUUGCCUGCUGAUUUGGAAGAAACCUUUUGUUUUUCCCUCUGAAAGCCGAGAUGUGUAUGAAGGUAACUGCCAGGUAUCCCCUAAUCCCGCUCUCAGCUCCGGCAGCUGGAGUACCGGCGACACCAGGGUGUCCCGUUGCAGAAGGGGCCCCGGCCGGCCGUUUCCCUCUCCAUGGCUGUGCUGGAACCGCUGAGUGGAUGAGUAGAGGCUUUUCCCCAUUCCUUUGGCAGCCCCUCGUGUCGUAGAGUAGAUUUGUCUGUAUAUGCUUGGACCGUGCCAGGGUGAUUGUUUUCAUAAACGAGCAUGUGUUUGAAAACGCUGUAAGUAGUUUUGCACUGCCCCGCGCCGGCUCCGCCGCAGCCCAGCGAGGAGGGCAGGCGUGGGGAGCCCUUGCCGAGCUGCGGGUUGUGCCCAGACCCGGCACCGCAUGUCUGCCGGGUGCGUGGGUGCACACAGCGCCGCUUCCCCGCUCCCUCGGGGGGGCCGGGGGCUGCGCAGGGUGUCCUGGCGCUGCCCCCCGUGGCUGCGCGCCUCCCGGGGCCCGGGGACGUGGCACGAGGGGCGCUCACAGCUCCAGGGCUGGGAUGGCUCCUGGAUUUGGGUGCAGCUUGUAACAGUUUGGGGUUGAUUUGUUGUUUUUUUUUCUUCCCUGCAAGGUCAGCUAAGAGGUCACAGAAGUGGCAGCUCCAUGGCUCUGCUGUUCUCGUGCCAUUGGCAGCGGUAGGAGACAAAUGGGAGAACGCGAGGGGAAGGCGCGAGGGUGGUUUUAGGUGGUGCAUGGCAGCAGCGCCCCCGGUCCUGUCCUGAGUCCAGCUGCACUGGGGCCCAGUGGCUGCUCUGUGGCACUGCCCGUCCCUUUCCAAGGUGCCCUUCUGGUUUCAGCACGUUUGCACCCACUCGGUGUCCCAGUCGCACAGCACUACCUGUCCCCCCCCACACCACGCAGGGGAGAGGAGCUGACUGCUUGCUUUCACUGCUUUUGUUCCUGUGGCAACCUAGGGCUCAUGAGGGGGUGGCCGGGGGCUGUGCUGCACCCACCGCCAUCCCCGCGCGCCCCUUCCUUCUACAACCAAAGAGGCUGAGAUGCGAUCGGUGCAGCUCAGUGUGCAUCCUCCCUCCCCAUCUCCCCCAGGAGGCGUGAGCCGAGGGGCUGGGGCAGAGCUGGAAACGGAGCUGAGGGCAGCGGGAUGCCCCGCAGGACCGGCAAAGGGCCCUAAGGGCUGUGCUGCAGGGAAAGCCGUGCUUUCCCAGCAAGGGGCACGCGGUGCUGGGGCCGAAAUCCCAGUCUGACUGGGGUGGCAGGGGAGGCCUCGGGGUGGAGGCUGGGAGCCGCCAAGGCCGUUUGAGCUGCCGAUACUCGGGGCAGUGCAGCAGUCGCUCCCUGCUCCCAUCCUUAGCAGGAGGUGAUGAAGCUGCCGUGGCCUUCACAUGGGUGCACACCACUGGGCUCUGCAGGGUGCUGGGUCUCUGUUCCUGGGUGCAGGCUGGGGCCAAGGGGGGGAGGCCUGGGGAGGGCGCCUGCUCCAGCCUGGAGCACUGCUGGUGGGAUGGAGGUGGUGGUGGUUGGGGUCCAGCCCUUGUCUUUGCAGCCCCUGGGGCAAGAACCCACGUCUGGCGUGUUGCUAACUCCGUUUCAGUUGACUCGAUGAUUGUAAGCAUCUGUAUUUAAGUCCGUGACUCCCUUUGUAUCGCUGUGGGAUAUAGGCGCUGCUGCGGCUUUUUUGUCCUAUGUAAAAGUGAGCGAGUGGGAGACAUCCCCACCCCCAAGCCAUCACCCCUUCCACCCCUCUGGCUGCAGCACCACAGCUGUGCUUGACCAUCCCAGCCCCUUACCUCUGGCCCUCUCCAUGUGGUUCCCGAGGGACACUAGUGCCAGGAGCCAGCCCUUACCUGCAGCUCCAGCGAGCGGCCCCUGUCCCGGGUCCAUCGGGGGUGCAGGGGGCCUGGACAGCCCCGUUCCCCCACCCCCCCCAGCACCUCCCGCUGCCCCCCCCCUCCAGCAGCCCAAGCCACGGCCCCAGCCCCGACCCGCCUUCAGACCUGGGCCUGGGGGUUCCUGCGAGCAGCUGGACAGACCGACCCACGGCUUUCCCUUUACUCCACACACAUCUUGGUCUGAAAAGGGUUGAAACCGGCACUGAUUCAAAAACCAUGUUUCUGCACUCAAAAGUAUGCUUGUUAAGUGAACUGCCAGUGUCAGACUGCCGUGGCGGUGGCAGUCCCGCGUCCCCUUCGUGCGCUGGGGAGGGGAGGGCAGGUUUGAUCUCAGUGUAUCAUUCUAGCUUAGCUUCCUGUCUGUGAAUGUCCAUAGUGUAGUGUGCGUUUUAACAAACUGGUUUACACUGUUGCCGUAAAAGUGAAUUUGGAAAUAAAGUCAUUACUACAAGAAACGCUGCCUCUUUCGCAUGGGGCGGGAGCAUGGAAAUGCCUGGGGAGCGGCAGGGAGCUGGUGAUGGGCCCACGUGGGGACUCUGGCACAUUGGGGCUGGGUUUUGGCUGCACUGCGGGGAGCUGAGGGUGGCAAGCACACGUUGUCCAUGGUCCAUGACAAACCCCACCAUGGCCAGCAGCAUCCCCAGGGGUGCCAUGGACAGGGACUGACUACAGCUCUGCCCACAGGUAGCGGUGAACACUGGGGUUUUUCAGAGCCCACUUCAAAUCCGCGGUGACGCCCUUUUCACCAAUUUCAGCCCGUAUCCAGGGCCUUGCCCAUUGUGUUUCUAGCUUUUGCUGCCCAGGACCCUCCAGCUGCCGGCACUUCGGAGGCCACAAAGCAGCCCCAAAGGGCCUUCAACCGCUGCAAACCUUCCCAAGGGCACCGCCGCUUCGUGCGGGUCAGAAACCCCGAGUUUAAUGCCUGCAACCAGCACGGCUGCCAGUGCAACUGCCGGCCGCCACCAUUUGCUGUUCAGAUUGGAUUUUUCCUCCUCCAUUACUUGUAAAUAAACGGGUAAUGCACAGGUCGCUGCCUCCUACUCCUUUGAUCAUCUGGUGAACAAUCACCCCGCAGCUUCCUGUUUCCCAGCCACACGGGUGACCAGGAACAAAGAAUGGUCUCUUAGCUUGGAAAUUUAAGAGCAUCCAAGGAAGUCGCCUCCCACCUCUUGCCGACAUUCGAGUGUUGCAGUAACAGCCUGAUUUCCACAAACCCUACCUGGGCAUGACUUAACACCAGCCAGUUAACCCUAAACACAAAAUAAAAGCCUCACCCAGCCCCAGGCAUUUACUGGCAGCCGCGGGGCAGACCUCGGUUCUCCUGGGCUCUCUCAGGAAGUGCCACCAAGCCCUGGUCCUGCUUGAUCUGAUAUCACAGCGCAACGCCGAAAUCCAGAGAUCCCGCGGAACAAUUCCUCUUUUCACUCCUUGACAAUAACUGCUGGGAAAUAAUGGUGUAAAAGAAAAAAGAGGCCAUUCACCCAGGCCGUGGGAGGGAAGCGGCUGAUCGGCCCGGGGCUGGGCUGAGCACACCGAAGGCUCCCUUCCACCCCCCCCAAGCCAGCGUUUCACAAACACACUUUGCAUAGAAUAUUCUGUUUUAAUUUUUUUUUUAAUCUUUUUUUUUUUUUUUUUUUAUAAGCACAUUUGUGCUUUGCCAACAGAAUCAAGACAUUAACAAAGAUCAGCUUCUCGGAAGAAAAGCAUUUCUAUAUAACAAGGACAUUACACAGCUCAAAGCAGGAAAA